AUGCAGGGCGAGAGGAAGUUCAUCUUCGCUGGCCUUCUCCUCACCUCCCACCGCCACCAGUUCCACGAGGAGAUGAUCUCCUUCUACCUGACCUCCGCUCAGGAGCGCUUCUCUGCCGAGCAGGAGACUAGGAGGAAGGAAGGAGAGAAGAAACCUGCAGCAAACUCUACAACCACGACUACUACGACCAACGGGUCCUCCAACGCCCUGAAGAAACCAGAGCAGGAGAGCGCCCCUCACCGGGAGAGAGAGAGGGAGAAGGAAAGAGAGAGAGAAAAGGAGAGGGAGAGAGAGAGAGAAAGGGAGAGAGAGAGGGAGAGGGAGCGAGACACCCGCACCCCUCCUCCGCCUCCCUCCUGCCCGCCUCCUCCUACUCCCCUUCCCCAGGACUUCAUCUCUUCCCCAGCCAGACACCACCAAAGCCAUACCCCUCACAUCCCCCCACAGAUCGCCCUGAAGAUGCAGGGCCGCCACAGCCCCUCGCCCCACUCCUCCCCCAGCAACGGUGCAACCAGGAGACCGGGGUCCGUCCCCCCUGUCCCCGGCCCCGUCCCAACUACAGUCCCAUUGUCAGCCCACUACAGCCAUACCCCUCCCAUCCAGAGAUCCAGUAUCAUCCACCUGAGAGACGUCAACCUCCAGGCCCUCCAGGCCCCCAGCUUCCAGCCGGACGACUCCCAGCCCAGCUACAAGCCUCCUCUGGUGGGCACCCUGAAGACCUGUGCCACUUACCCCCAGCAGAACCGCUCUCUGUCCUCCCAGAGCUACUCUCCAGCCCGCCUGUCUGGGGUCUGUUUGGGCACCGGGGUCAACCACGCCCACCCGGGGGUCCCAGGCACCACGGAGCCCUACAACAUGCCUGGGGAGCACAAGUCCCACACCUAUACCAACGGCUUCAACGCAAGCCACAUACAGGACUGUCUGGAGUUCGCCGACGCCGACUCGCCUCAGACCUGGGGGAGCAGUAGCAUCACCAGGACGGGGUCAGGGUCCGACAAGGUCAAAGGUCAGAUCGGUAGCGCUGGGGGGGGUUGCCUGGUGUACUGCCUGCAGCAGAGGAGGUGCAAGAGGGAGAAGUGCUCCUUCUACGGGCGACCAGAGACAGAUAACUACUGUUCCUACUGUUUCAAGGAGGACCUGAAACACAGGGAGAGAGAGGCCAAGGCCCUCAGUAGGCCUGGAUAGCCCCUGGCACCGCGCCAGCCAGAGGUGCUGCUACUUUAGCCUGGUGUACUAUCUAUCACACUACAGGUACUGCAAACCCUGCUGCUGACAACGCAACACAACAGAAGACAACAGAACUGUGUCCAUAGAGAAGGAGAUAGAACAGGUCUACUCAAUAGACUGUCUGUGGACGUUGGGACAUCAAGACAGACAGACAGACAGACAUGCUCAGAGCCAGGUGAUCGCCUGCUCUGUUUAAAACCUUUGAUUCCUGUCACUUCUUCUGUCUCAGUGUACAGUACAGUAGGCUACUGUAAAGGACACAACUACUUGAUGACAAGCAGGGUAGAUCUCUGUCCACUUAACAUCUUUGGCCAGCAGGAAUUUAUAACUUUGUUCGUUUUUUAAAUAAUUUGGUUCAACUUCAACUUUUAGUUAGUUUAUGGGGAAAUGUCUGUGUUUUUUGCCCUCAACUUGAAUGGCAAACUAAGAUAUAAUUUCAGGCACAUACAGUACACAUAAAAUAGCAUUUACAUUUUGUUGUGCAGUGGUUCAAAACGUAAACUUAAAUCUAACAUCAAACUAAAACUGGACUUGAUCUUAAAACCUUCAACCAACUUUCAAAACAAACUUCUCAAAGCAAUACGUUAGUUACUUCAACGUUUUUUUAAAAAUCAAUAAUUGUCCUAAUGGCAACUCACUGUGAACCCUUUCUGUUGUCUAUGCACUCAUGUUGGCUUCAGUAGAGAGUUCAAAUCCUCUGGUGCAGCUGAAAGACAAUAGACAACAAUAGGCAGGAUAUUCAGUCAAAUGCAAACAAACCCACACUAAGGAAAAUAUCCGUUUUGUGUGGUGAAAAUGUACUUUGUAAGUUAAGUUUUCACUAUGCACUCACAUUGAUUACAGGGUUUAAACGAAACAACAACAAAAUCGAAUUGGUUGAUGUUUUCCUCUACAUUCUACAGGUCUUAGAUAAACUGAAUGUGUUUUCAUCAGCAGUUGAUUAUCUUGAUUGUUAUUUUACAGGUGCUCUGUGGUGUUGCUACCAUUAGGUUGUCCACAUUUGAAUGUCUUAACGUUCAUUACAACGACAAAAUAACAUGAAAUCUCCUGGCCAAAGAUGUUAAAUAUAUAUAGAGAGAACGCUCUUCAAACACUCCUGAAUAUAAUGACGUUUGGGAUCCUUUUUUAUGUGUCUGGUUCAUGGACUCUCACCAUUUAAAUGUACAAAUAUGAUUUUGUAUUCAUUUGAGAGUUUUACACAACUUAAAUUAUUAAUUUGCACAUUAGAUACCAAUGUACAGUAGAUAGCAAAAAUGAGGAACAAAAAUAAGAUUAGUAUAUUGUGUAAAAAAAAAAAAAAAAGGAAAAAAGUCAGUUUGUGUGUUUUUGUGUAUAGAGAAUGUGAUGAUGGGGAAUUUACAAGCCAAGGCUAUAAAAGUGUUAUAUAGAAAAUAUUUUUGAUAUAAUUUUCACAAAAUGCCAUGAAGCAAUAUUUUGCGCUUUUUUUCUUAUGGACACCGUUUGUCACUUUGGUAAGUUACUUUAAGUGCACGGACAUUGGGGGUGGGGGAGGGACUGAAAGUGAAGGGUCGGUUGGUCGAGGUGUUCCUGGUUCUACAUCAUAUCAAGGGGAAAAUGACCUAUAGUAUUGUCACGAUUGUUUCAAUCAAUCAUGACAUUGAAGGGCUGUUGGUUUUAAACGGGUUGAUAGAUCUUAGAUAUAGCAACAUCCUUCAAGAUUACCACAUUUAUGAGACUACGGGCAUGUCACACCCUUCAUGGUUGGUCCACUGGGCUGCAUAUUACUGACAAACUGUAACACGUAGUUAAACAAACGUUUUAAAUGUGAAGGGGAUAUUUCUAGUUUCUGGUUAAUCACGAGUCAUCAGAAGUCACAGCACGUGAUGACAGUGAUAACAAAUAUGUAGUUUUUUUAAAAUUCAUAUGUAAAAGCACACCAUAUAUUCAUUAAUACUAUGUUGUACUUCCACAGUGGUUAUUUGUCUGUCCCUGCCAUGGCGUUAUGUUGUCCUAUAGUUUUGGGUUUAAAGACAUACUGUUGAGAUUCAGGGCCCUGUAUUCAUAAAGCGUCCCAGAGGAAGAGUACUCAUCUAGGAUCAGGUCCCCCCCCAGUCCAUUCAUUAUAGUCUUAACAAAGUUGAUCCUAGAACAGCACUCCUACUCUGGGAGGCUUAAUGAACAUGGGGCCUGGUGUCUUGUCACCCAAACACAACCCAUCCAUUCAGAGUCCUAUGGAAUAAACAGUGUGAACAGUAACGGUUAGAACCCAUCCAUUCAGAGUCCUAUGGAAUAAACAGUGUGAACAGUAACGGUUAGAACCCAUCCAUUCAGAGUCCUAUGGAAUAAACAGUGUGAACAGUAACGGUUAGAAGCCAUCCAUUCAGAGUCCUAUGGAAUAAACAGUGUGAACAGUAAGUGAUAGCAUAUCAACUAACUCACAUAACUGGUACAGUUUCUUCAUCUCUACAGUGGGGGAAACCUACCAUUAAAAUGAUAGACUGAUCAUUUCUUUGUCAGUGGGCAAACGUACAAAAUCAGCAGGGGAUCAAAUACUUUUUUCCCUCACUGUACAUAAUGGUCAUAUUGUAUGUAUAUGCAGAGCCGGGGCCUGAACUUAUAGAUCUGUCUAUAGCAAGAUGGCAAGGUGUGUGUGUGUGGGUGUGUGUGUGUGUGUCUAAUCUGAAAUACCUCAGCUGACCUAUUCGGGGGUUUAGGGGUUGUCAACAAUGGUUUGGCAUCGACUUUCACGUCUUUGAUUUGCAAUAAUAAUAAAUUGUCCUUGUGUUCUGUUGUUGGUAUAGAUCAGGGGUUCCCAAACGUUUUUACUCGGAGCCCCCCUUCCAGCGUUGGGUAACAUCCCGUACCCCCCCAUCCCGUCCCGUCCCACGCCACCGUCCCCCCCAGCGCCAUGUUUAUUUCUAUGGUCACCAGCACUGUUCAUGACACAAACUGUUGAAACCCCGCUUGUUGGUGGAGAGAAUUUAGCAGGUUUAAAGCUUAUUUCCUGCAAUUCUACACAUUUUGUCAUGGGGGUGCAAGGAAAAUGUUGCCGUUUAAUGCCCAUUUUCUUGCAAUUCUAUACAUUUUAUCAUGUCUAAUGUGUAUUCAUGUGAUAUUUGAGUGGCUCAAAAACUACAACAAUAUCUAUGGGCUAAAAAAAGGGAAUAAAAAGAGUGACAUGGGCUGAUUCAUCUGGCCAUUCCUGACUAGUUAUAAAUAUCUCUCUAAUGUGUACAAUGACUAACAUGACAAGAGGAACUGAUGAUGUAAUACCCAGUUUAGAAAUGUCACCUUGUACAUUCUACUAUUAGAACUUUCACGACUAAGUUUAAAGCUGGACUGAAUUCCUUUAAAAAUAUAUAUAUAUAUUUUUUUUAAAUUGAGGGGGCCGAACCCUCGCU